AUGUUAGUUGCUUCAGCCGCAUCGAGGACGGCAUCACGGACGAGGAAGAGCAGCGCGGGCCUCAGCCAUCACCGGCCCAACAGGCACGGGAGACUCAAAGCCUCCAGCAAGAAGCAGACACGCAUGAGGGCACAGCGCAACACGCGCCAACGCCGCUUCCCCCGACGCUUCAACCCAACGCUGUGCCUGCACCGGCCCAACGCACGCGUAGCGGAGGCCCUCCGAUCACUGGCGCUGGCGAGCCUCAACACCACCAACAAGAGCAACAGCACUACCACCAGCAGCAGCCGCACCAGCGACUGCAGCCACAGCCGCAAGGGCGCCGAGAUGGUGGCCCUGAGCAACAAGGCCUACCCCCACAGUCGCAGGUUUGGGGACAGGCCGCCCACGGCAGAGGCAAGCAGUAAUGGAAUGACGAAGAUACCACAGCGACAAUAAUGAAACUCACACGUUGGAAAUGAGAAAACGGGCCUGCUUGUGUGCCCUUUUCCCAACGUAUUUGAAUUCGUGCCUUCGUUGGCAAAUGAUACUCGAAACCCUGCUCGCAUUGACCUUUGUGAACUAGGAGAACCCAUGAUUUUUGCAUUUUCCUUGUGCAGCCAUGCUACUGAUGUAUCGUGUACUCUGCUCAGGUUAAUUUACUCUAUCUUUCAGUUCAUGCUGUGACUUGAUUUGUUACAUGUCAUGACGUGCAUUCACACCACUGCUGCACACCAGCGGAGCACCUCACCAUUUUCACCGUGCCAUUGCUUGUGUGGAACUGAUGCACGUGUCAGUCUACGGCGUGCUGUGCUCUUCAUCUGCACAUUGUCUUUGUGUUUGGUUUGAUGCUCUCGUGACUCUUGAUGCUCUUUCGGGUCGUGGUUCCGUUCAUUCUAAACCGCAGCAACAGAAACAACGUCUCAGUCG